AUGGCUGUCACCACUCUCACCGGCGAACGCCGGAUCACUGAUCUCGUAAAGGAACUGGAACAUCUGUUUCAAUUGAGUCCUACAAACAUCGAAAAGAUUAUGGUGGCCAAGGAAACUCUUGCUGUACUACACAGACCUUCGACAUCGAAACCAACGCAGGUUGGUGUGCCAACGUGGACAUUGAAUGUUCGUACUCCGCUCCGUUUCGCCGCUAGUCUCCAUCGAUCACUUGAGCAAGCACUGAGAACAUGCGAUCUAGAAAUCGUGCUCGACUGCUCUAAAGUAUUACUGGUGAUUUGUGAACGAGUGACUGAAGCAAAGGCUAUUUACUCCAGGCGCUUCAGUCUUGAGGGCCAGGUCCACGCUGAAGGCGCCUUGGAUUUGUCAAACACAGAGACUUAUGCUAAACACUCUGAAAGAGCACACCCACUGAUGCCAAUAGAUGGGCAACCGUCUGGUCCUACUCGACAGUCAGGGAACGGAAACCUUUCACGACUGCUUGCGAGAUGCAUGGUGCAUGGUGUGCAAUACAAGCAAGGCCGCGACGACUUGCGCGUGUUUUCCUGGAACGACAUUGCAUACUGCCAAGCCCAACACUACAGCAAUUACACAUGCUUGGACGUCAUCGACUUUUCGAAAUCGUUCACGGCCGCCGCAAUUAUAAGCAAGGGACUGCAAUUCGGCCUUACCUUCAUAGGACGAGAGCGACGAGGGCUUCCGAACGGUUGGGGGAUGAUGCAAUCGCUCUUCCUCGGAGACGAGGGGUUCCUGGUCAAUGCAUGCCAACAUGGGUUCUUUGUCUGGGCCUUUUACAAAUAUCAUGGAAUGACCGAGAUAGAUGCAGGAUUCAAAGAGAAACGCGAAGAGGCAAAAAAUAUAGAGAGGGUCCUUGGUGUCGAUGUUGGCCUGGCAAUGACUGACUGCUUAAUUUUCUGGCUGCUUGUGCUGUACACGAGGGGAAACAACGAUAACACAUCAGACUCAGUACCACCAGGCACCACGUGA